UUGAUUUGAAAUUGAAAUAGACAAAAAGAAAUCUAAUAAUUCCCGUAACAAUAAGAAAACAUUUUAAUUAUACAACACAUAUAUAAAAUAGACAAAAAUAGAUGCAAUAAUAAAAACACUUAAACAGCAUAUGUACAUAUAAAUAUUUAUACUGUGAGUCAUCAUGUACCGGAGUGUGUUUCACGAGGCGGUGAAAAUUUUAGCAGCAUAUGAUUAAAAGGGAAACUAAGUAGGCCCAUCAGAUAAAACUUGCGAGAGGAGUCUUCCUAUUCUUGGGAACCUCAGGAAAAAAGGAAUAUUUUCCCUCUCCUAGCUGUUCAUUUCGAGCAUAAUGAGGAGGGAAGGAUUUGCAGGAGGAUCUUGCAGGUAACCAGCCUAUUCUUGCCGAGGUGAAAAGAUCGAGAUUCAUUCACUGGGUCGAUCCCAAAAUUCAUCCCACUGAAAAAGAUCGUAAGCGAUAACAUUGAAGUAUGGGGGCGGCGGUGGGUGUCAACCCUAAAAUCGUUAUUUCAAGGAAAAUAUGUUCCCACCGUACGGUUGCAAUCGAAAGCAAAAUGAGUUUUCCCGGACCACUGAAUCUUGCUAUUCCAUAUAGAAUAUGGAGAUUUCCCAAUUAAACUGCAUGGCCUUUAAAAGGAGGUAGAUUUUCUAAGCGCCAGAUGUUGAGUUUUAGAGAUAGAUGAGCAUUUAAUUGUGAACUACGCUUAACUUUGAGACACUGAGAGCCGAAUGGCUAAGGAUUGCAUCAGAGUAAAAACGGACUCCUGCGUGUUCUCAGAGAACGAUUUCCCUCGCUUAAGACCGGAGCUCAAACCUCAAGGCUGAAAAAAACUACAUGUACCUAAUAUAUUUUGUGAACGAGUUGAAAAAUUGCAGAUGUUUCUGACAGUGGAAGAAGUGGGUCAACCGAAAAAUAGUGGAGACUAAGAAAAAGAUUUAGUUUACCUGGUGACGAAGGUGUGAUUUAAAUUCUGUGAAGAUGUAAACCAAUCUAAACAAAGAUAGAAGUUUUGUAAGGUUUUCAUGGCUAAAUAAGUACGUUCUGUAAUGUUGAACACAACCAUAUUGCCGGAAUGUAACGCUGUACUAAAUAAACCCCUCAGACAGAGUAACUCUCCACUUUUGCUGUGUAUGAUGCUCUAUCUAUCUCAUUUUGACAUCUUUGGUUGUUAAUGUGUAGGUUAUUUUAUGGUUAAAGCGAUCGGUUUUAUGAAUGUGACAUUUAAAUGGGUCCAAACAUUGGAAAAAUGAUUCCAUUGAAUUUAAAACUAAAAUCCAUAUUCCGAAUCGGAUCCUGUUGUUAAUGUAAAAUGUUAUAAGUUUUACAAAUGAGAUCAGCAGUAAGUGUUAUUUUGUCAAGUCCCUUGCCAGACCCAAAUAUGUCACACCCAGAUUAUGAACAGUCCUAUCAUCAUCAUUCUGCCUUGCUAAUUCUUGUCAAACAUUUGGGUGAGGAGCUUCCUCAAAAGAAUUUUUUAAAGUUGUUUGAUCGGAUAAAUAAAAUAAACAACAUAAAAAUUGUUGAUAGCCUUGGUGUAAAUAGGAAUAUAUGGGCGAGAUAUAUUAAAGAUUACCCUGUUGGCAAUAAUGACUGGGGAGAUUUUCAAACUCACCGAAGACUUUUGGGUCUUAUAACAAUAGGAAAAUGUAAGACUCAAAUUGAACUGAAUGAAAUAUGCCGUAUUCAUGAAAGUCUCAAAGUUAAAUACACAACUACACUUUAUGAUUCAAGAUGUAUUAUUCUUGGAAUAAAUGAUGGUCCUAACACUCCUACUUUUGUUCCUCCAUCAUUUUUUAAAAGCAGAGGUUUAUUUUAUGCAACUGAUGGAGAAGAAAGUGCUAAUUUAGAAGAUACUAUUUCCGAAUUUCUUUCAUCCAUAUUCUGGGUAUUAGAAUCAAAAAGGCAUGAAAGAAGUCGUGAAAAGAUUGAACGAGUUUCCUUACUUUUGGCUCCUUUUGAAAAAAAGGAUUUUGUCGGCCUUGAUAUGGAAUCCAGAAGCAAUCGCAAAAGAAGUUUGGGUCGCAUGACUAAACAUUUAGGUGAUCUAUGCCUUCAAGCAGGCCUACACUGUGAUGCUCUUAACCAUUAUCAUUCAGCUGUGGAAAUAUUAAGAUCAAUUAAUGACUGGUUAUGGCUUGGAAGUGCAUGUGAAGGAUUGGGUGCUGCAACAAUGUGUGUUCGUUACCCUAAUGCCGGGAAAUCACUGUCAGUUCAGAGGAAUUCAUCACUUCAAGAGGGUUCUCAUAUGAAAACAAGAAAUACUUCUACUAAGAAUACACUUGGAAUGGAAAUAUUAGAACCAUCUUCGUUACCCGCUCUUCCACCACCAACCAAUGUAUUAUCUAAUGAAGAGAUUUUGAAAGCUUAUAGGGAAUCAAUUGUUCAUUAUAGCAAGUAUCAGAAUGCUGGUGUGAUAGAAACAGAAGCAAGUUUUAAAGCAGCGAGGAUAGCUGUGGAAUUGAACAUGAUAUUACAUGCUGCGAAUUUCCUUCAAAAUAUUGUGUUCAUUAAUCUCGUCAUUCCAGAAGAGCAAAAGAUUCAAAGACUGAUGACUCUCUCAGAUCUUUACACUAAAAUGGGAUUUAUGCGUAAAGCCUCAUUUUAUCAGCGUUUAGCUGCAUCUCGCUAUGUGUCAGCCAGAAAUCCACAGACUGACUGGGAUCAGUGCUACAGUCUUAUGAUUCAGUCUCUGACAGGUCAUCGCCUUACAUUAGAUCCUGCUGAUUAUCCCAUGAAUGGAGAAAACGGAUGGGGUAGGCUCCAAAAACAAGUCUUACAAGAUGUCGUGGUUGCUGCCAGACGUGUCGGACACUCCUCCUUAGCCACACGACAUAUGACACUCUUACUUCAAGUUAUGUGGUCUGAACUGACACACGCUGAAAGGCACGAAGCAGCCCUUCAACUGAAGGGUAUUGCAGCACAGUGUGAGGGUUCUCCGGUUCCCCUUGUGCUCGAGUCUGGUCUUGUUAUCCCACCGGCUAAUCUAAUACACAUUCCUACUGCUGAGAGUUUUGUAGUUCAUAAAUUGCGACAGCAUUUACAACCUAUGAAAAUGGAAAAAGUCAAAGAAGACUACGGUCCAUUUUUAUUUACUCCACUUAAUUUUGGUUCAAUGGAAAGAAAGUCAGGAUCAACAAAGGAUAGUAAACUAAGCUAUCUUUGGGUUGCUGAGGAAGAAUGUGAAGUCAAAGUUGAAUUAACUAAUCCUUUGCCUUUUGAAUUAGAAGUAUCUAAUAUGCGGCUGUUAACAAACGGUGUGGUAUUCGAAACACUCCCACUUACUGUUACUUUACCUCCAGAUGCUGUGAAAUAUCCUGUAACUCUUGCUGGAACGCCUAAAGAAGUUGGAGAAUUAGAAAUUUCUGGUUAUUCAACACACACUUUAGGAGUAAAGAGUAAUUGUCGUCUAAAAAACCUACCUAAAAUUCACCAGUCACAGUUUGUAAUAGAAGUAGUUCCUGCCCUUCCUCUUCUUGAAGCUAAAAUUUUGAUUGGACCUGAGAAUGAAAAAACUUCUUCAGUUAUUUCUCUCUAUGCAGGUGAAAGGACUGUAUAUGAUUUAGUUCUACAGAAUGUUGGAAGAGGCCCUGUUGAAGUUGUCGAAAUCAUUGUUGAUUCCGGAUUAGACUCAAACAUGAUCACUUGUGACAUUACGCCACUCAAAGACCACCUGCCGUUGGCAGAAGAUGAACAAGUUCGAUUGCCAGUGACUUUCUUUGCUGUUGCCAAUUUCGUCAGCAGUUUUCCUCCAGAUGCAGGCAGUAUGAGAAGCAGUUUAUUUUCUGGGACCAAUUCAUUCCCAUCAUUAUCAUCGAGUUUCAGGCCAGGAAUGUAUGACCAUUUGACUACACCAACUCCUUCUUUUAGAUCAGGACCAAGCAGUCUUAAUUCACUUAGUUCACAGUUUAAUAAAUUGAAUAUCGAUAACUCAACUAAGGGUAUUGAAUGCAGAAUCAAAGUACGUUAUUCUGCUAAGCCCGGUUUGGAUGCUGGCUAUUGCCGCGUGGCCUCUGUCCUCCUCCAUAUUGAUAUUACCAACUCUAUAUUAAUAUCAAAUUGGGAUGUGCUGCCUGCAGAAACGAGUUCACAGUUUUAUAUGGUUUUGGAUGUUGUAAAUAUGACUAACCAAGAGGUAGAAGUUAAGUACACGGCUAAUAAAUGCAUUCUUAUUGAAGAAGGAGAAUCUUGCAGAGUUCCAAUUCCAGUUGACAGGUGUCCGCUUUCCAAAGUUGGUAAAUACUUUCAAGGAGAGGAUUCAAUAAAGGAUAUAGUAGAUCUAAAUCUAGCCUGCAGUGAUCAUAUAGCUUCGCUAGUAGAAGUGGACUGGGAACUCGGAGGUCGGAAGGGAAAAGCCUCUCUGAAAGGCAUCACAUUAUCCUCUCAUAUGUUGGAUAUUGUGAGAAUGUCUCCUAUCAGCUGGGAUGUUCAUAUAAACGGGGAAGAAGCUAGCGGUGCACCUAUGAUGGUCGGAAUUGGUGAAUGCAUCCAGAUACAAAUAGUAGCUCGGAAUUCUCUUCCAUGGCCUCUAAAAGACAUAUCCUUGUCUGUUCAGUUCUUCCAAGACUAUCAGAACAAUACUUACAAUUUCAAUUUGGAUACUCGCCUUGCUAUGGCAGGGCCUUCCCACUUGCACUUACCUAUAGUUUUAGAACAUGGAAGUGCUGAUUACUGCUUCAAUGUGGUAUUUUUUAUUCCUGGACAAUAUAAAAUGAAUGUCCAAUGUGUAUCUCAAGGGAAAAACACUUGGAAACUCGUACCUCCAGUCGAAUUUGAUGUUCAUGAUGCAUAGAUUUGGCUGUAAAAAUAAUGUGCAUCAUGAGAUUCAAAUUACCUUUUUUUCCUUUCAAUAAUUUAUGUCAUGAAAAAAAUUGUCAAUUUUGCUUUGAUUUAAAGUUAAACUUGUCAGUAAAUAUGUACAUGUUAUUUAUCACUUGUUUCAACUUGGCCUACAAGAGAGAUAGAUAGAGCUACAUAGAUAUAAUAUUCUUUAAGUUUUUUUUUCUUCUGAAUUUAUUGAGGAAGUUUUUGUUAGUAUAUUUUCUAAAUUAGAUGUUGCCUUAUUUAUUGUUAUCCUUAAAUAUAGCUUUGUUUUGUUGAUUGUUUUAUACUUGUGUGUUUAUCUUAUCACACACACAUGAAAUUUAUUUAAUGUGUAAAAAAGUAUAUUAUAUAUUUAUGUUUUUUAUAAAAUAUAUUUUUAUAUUUAAUUU